UUACAUCUGUAAUAAUAAUAAUGUUUAUUCAACUUUUUCCCAAAUAAUGUUUACUAUUUUUAAUUAAGCAGUACAAUGUCCAUGUCAAUGUUGAUAUUCAAUUUGAUCAAAUGAUCAGAUAGACUGGUUGGAGGUGAUGAUAAUGACAAGUUAAUGAAUAUCGUUCUUGAUAAGUUCCCAAAAAUAGAGGCAAAUUAACAAAUGUAAUUGAACCUCAAGAUUUUAUCAGCAAUAGAAGGCAAAAAUUUAUUCUUUUUCUUGUUAUUUUAUGCAAUUUUCAAGUAAUCGGCAAGUUUGCCUUUAGGUUGAACAUGUAACCAAUUUCAAGUGUCUUUAAUUAACUUUCUAUUGUGCUCAAUUACAUUCGCAAUUAUCUCAAUUGUUUGAUUUGGUGAAAAACAAUUCCAUGGAUAAUUCAUCGCUCUCUCAUCUAAUCAUCAUGUCCCAUGUCCAUGAAAUCAAUAUAAAUUUCGGUCAAUUCAGUAUUUCUGUUCAUUAGAAACACACACAACAGCUGAAUGAUUUACAACCUGUUCUUGUUUUAUAAUAGUCAUUGAUAUUUUCAUUUAAUUUGUAUUAAACCUUUUAGUGAAUAAUAUUUUCUUAUAAAUUGUUAACAAUAAAGUGCAAAUGGAAGGUCGUGGUCGAGGCAGAGCUGCACCAGGUGAAGAAGCAGCAACGCGUUCUCGUGCAGGUCUUUUUCGAGUUGCUGAGACUCUUCAUACAAUUCCUCCCGAAGUUCACACAACCACUGGAGAUGGCCAAGGAAGCAUGAGAAUUGUGACCAACUAUUUCAGGCUGAUAGUACCCAAGGAUCAAGUAGUUCACUCAUACCGAGUUGAUUUCGAGCCACAAGUGGAAUAUGUCAAGGUAAGAAGAGGUUUGAUUUACGAGAAUCGCGCUGUUUUCGACAGAGCCUAUGUUUACGAUGGUGGAAAUGAAAUUAAAUCGUUAUGUAAACUCAAUACAACGCCUGUUACCGUGUCUGGAACACGACGAGAUGGUUCCACUGUUAGUAUAACCAUAAAGUAUACAUCAACUGUUUCUUGGGGACAUCCAGAAAUGCUGAGAUUAUACAAUACUCAGAUGAGACGGAAUCUGGAACACAUAGGCUUUUCUCAGGUUGGCCGAAACUAUUACAAUCCUAGAGCGAAGAAGAUCAUGCAAGAUCAUCGACUUGAUAUAUGGCCUGGUAUUUUAACUGCCAUUGCUGAACAUGAUGGAGGAAUCAUGAUGAUGUGUGAUAAUAUCAAUAAAAUUAUUCGCCACGAUACUGCUCGAGAUAUCCUCAAUAGGAUACGCACACAUGAAAGAGAGCGAUGGCAGGAAAAGGCUCGUGAUGAAUUAGCUACUAGUGUUGUAAUGACAGUUUAUAACAACAAGACUUAUAAAAUAGAUGACAUUGCGUUCGAACGCACCGCUGGUGACUUUACAUUUGAGCGAGGAAACACCACGACCUCCUUAGCUGACUAUUAUAGAGGUCAAUAUAAUUUAAGUAUAAGAGACGGAACUCAGCCUUUACUUUUGGUACAACCAACUGAAAGACAAAUGCGGGGAGGCGACAAGAAAGAAAUUUUGUUGGUUCCAGAAUUUUGUUUAAUGACAGGAUUAACAGAUUUGAUGGCAAGGGACAAUCAAUUUAAAAGAGCUCUCGGAGAUUUGACUAGACUCGAUCCAAUACAGCGAGCUGAAAAUUUAACUAGAUUCAUUCGACAAAUAAAUUCUAAUGAAAGAGUCCAAGCUGAGAUGGGUGGUUGGGGCUUACAAUUUCGCGAGGAUUUGGAAGAGAUCAGAGCAAGGACUUUACCUCCUGAGACGAUCCUUACUCAUGAAGCUCAAGUACCGUAUCAACAAACUACUGGAAGCUUCGAAAGGGAGAUUCGAAGCAAACGAAUGAUACGUCCAGUUGCUCUUCAGCAAUGGGUAACGAUGGCACUUAAACGAGAUAAAGAAAUAGUUGAAGAAUUUUUCAGAUGUUUAAGGCAAGUUUCUGGACCAUUGGGUGUUGAUAUUGGUCCGCCAACUGUUGUCGUCGUUCAUGAAGACUCGAUACCGCAAUAUGCUUCUGCUUGUGAACGAGUUGAUCCAAAACAUAACUUAGUUAUCGCAAUCGUCCCUAAUAAUAACCCACAAAGAUACUCUACAAUAAAAAGACACUUUUGCUGUGAAAAACCAAUUCCUUCGCAAGUGAUAACAACUCGUGUUAUAUCAAACAAAAAAAAUCUUAUGUCAGUUGCCACUAAAAUACUCAUCCAAAUGUCUACUAAACUUGGAGCUGAGCCUUGGGGAAUCGGAAUUCCGCGCCCGGGAUGGAUGAUAGUUGGCUAUGAUACUUAUCAUGACUCUCAACGAAAAGGUCAUUCUGUCGGAGCAUUUGUUUGCACUUCCAAUUCUGCAGCAACAAGUUGGUUCUGCCGCACUUCCUAUCAUCAAAAUCGUGAUGAGUUGUCAGGAAAUUUUGCUAACAAUCUAAAAGCUGGCAUCAAAAAUUGGGUUAUCAAAAAUAAUGGUACUUGGCCUGAACGAAUUAUAAUAUACAGAGAUGGCGUUUCAGAAGGACAAAUUCCCCAUGUUUAUAAUGUUGAGAUGAGAGAGAUACAGAAACUUCUAGGAGAAAGGGCUGAGCUGGCCAAAACUUCAUUCUCUUUUGUCAUUGUUACAAAACGAGUAAAUGCUCGUUUUUUCCACAAAGUUGGUGAACACCAACUACAAAAUCCACCUCCAGGAACAAAAAUAGAUUCCGUUGUGACUAGAAAGGAAAGAUACGAUUUUUACUUGAUCAGCCAGUCGGUUCGCCAAGGAACUGUUAAUCCUACAAUGUAUAACAUCAUUGCUGAUAACACUGGUUGGUCUCCAAUAAAUCAUCAACAAUUGGCCUACAAACUGUGUCACAUUUAUUACAACUGGGCGGGAACUAUCACUGUCCCAGCCCCAUGUCAAUAUGCUCAUAAAUUGGCUUUCCUAACUGGAACUGCUCUGCACAGAGAGCAUCGUCAGGAACUAUCAAACACCUUAUUUUUCUUAUAAUCACAAACUGUCUUUAUUUGAUUUUGAUUAUUAAUACGCAAUCUUAUAUUCCUCUUAUCUGUAUUCACUAUGAAAAUUGAAUUUUUUCUUGUUCUUAUUUUCUUUCCUCUAAAACUUAUUAUACUAUUAUAUAUUAAAAACUGAUGUCCAAAUAUUCA